CUGGGAGAGCGGAUAUAGUGAAUGCAGGGUCCGGGGAGACCAGAUAUAGUGAAUGCGGGGUCCGGAGAGAGCGGAUAUAGUGAAUGCGGGUCUGGGGGUGAGCGGAUAUAGUGAAUGCGGGGUCCGGGGAGAGCGGAUAUAGUGAAUGCAGGGUCCGGGGAGACCGGAUAUAGUGAAUGCGGGGUCCGGGGAGAGCGGAUAUAGUGAAUGCGGGGUCUGGGGAGAGCGAAUAUAGUGAAUGCAGGGGUCCGGGGAGAGCAGAUAUAGUGAAUGCGGGGUCUGAGGAGAGCGGAUAUAGUGAAUGCAGGGUCUGGGGAGAGCGGAUA